AUGCAAAAAAAGAAUCUCCCCCGCCGGGAAUCGAACCCGGAUCGCCGCGGUGAAAACGCGAAAGGCUAACCGUUGUCCCACGAAGGAUUUGCAAGCCAUUAAGGUGUCGCGGCCGCAAAGACCCAUAAGUAUCUAAAACACAAAAUUUUGUCAGCCAAGCUCGUCAGGAACUUCACCCCGACUCGGAGUCUGCAGUUUCAUCAAAAGCACGACGACUCGCCCGCGUGCCUCGUCUGUGGAGCGCCCAAGGACGAUCGGGAGCACUACUUCUUCGACUGCGUUGACUCUAGGAACGUUUGGAUCGCGGCAAGGGGCGUGCUCUGCGACGCACUGGGGCUCGACACGAUCGACAACACGCAUUACACGGCCGUUCAACGCAUGUUCGGACUUCCGAAGCUCAAGGCCAGUCUGCGCGAUCAGGAAGGAGCGGGGAGGACGAUCGAAAUAUUGACCGGGCUGGUCUUGGAGAUGAUCAGCAGCGGGAGGUGGGGGAUGCAGAAGUGGGGGACGAGGCUGGAGGGUGUUGGGAGGAGGAGGAUCAUCUUGGAGGAGAGGUUGAAGCUGAGGGCGGGAGGAGCUUGGGGGAGGAGAGGGCAGUAG